AUGGCCUCAUCAGCUGCCAUUACCAUGGCGCCUCGCAUCCUAUCACCUGCUGUCCUUCUGGUUUUUAUUCUCUCGUUGUUCCACCAUGUUCAUGCGCUCGCUUCCACUGAUACUAUUACCUGGGGAGGGGACAACUCUAGAACUGGAUAUCAAACUAAUCAUAAUAUGGAUCCAUCGAUCGUGGGAGGCUCUCAAUUUGGCCAACUUUUUAAAACGCAUCUCCCCGGCUUGUACAACGGCGCGGCUGAACAGAUAUUUUCUCAGCCCUUAGUUUACACUCCUUCUGAUGGUAUACAGUAUGUCUAUGUGGCGACUACCCAGAAUAAUCUUUACAAGUUGGAUGCAAAGACGGGCGAUAUCGUUGCUCAUAGAAGCCUGCAUAUCCCAUUCUUGACCGCCGAUCUGGAUGGCUGUGUUGACAUCAACCCUCUAAUUGGAGUCACCGCAACUGGUCUCAUUGAUCCAGAGACCGAAACGCUAUAUCUCACGGCAAAAACUUAUGUGGAUCAAGCAGGUGGAAAUGGGCCCCAAGGAAGGCCAAAUGGACGCUACUACUUCCACGCCAUCGAUGUCAACGAUCUCAGUGAACGACCAAACUUUCCGGUCGACCUCGAAGGCACUGUGGCCAGAAAUAAUCCAAUUCGUAGCUUUAAUGGCGGUAUACAUCACCAACGCCCAGGUCUACUUCAUACCGGGCAAUAUAUCUACGCAGGCUUCGCCUCUCACUGUGUCCAAUACAACUUUACUGGAUGGAUUAUGGGCUGGGACAAAACGACAGGAGCCGUUGUAGAGAGAUACGCAACAGAAGGUGCAGGUGUUCCAAAUACCACUCCUGGAGCCGGGGUUUGGAUGUCUGGUGGAGGUUUGGCUUCAGAUGAUGCUGGUUCCCUGUUCUUUGCAUCCGGAAAUGGAUACGCUUCCCAGCUCGAUGGUAUCCCAGUAAAUGGUCGCAACCCACCUACAUCUUUGGAGGAGGCAGCUGUACAUAUGACGAUUAAUGGUGAUGGUAGCCUAACCGUUGUUGAUUUCUUCAUGCCGUGGGAGAAAACCCAAUUGGAUGGUGCGGAUAGGGAUCUUGGUACCAGCCCGCUUCAACUACUGCCAAACGAAUUUUCUUGCGGCGACAUCAAGCGCAUCGGCGUUGUUACGGGGAAGAGCGGCAAGACUUAUUGGCUGAAUCUGGACGAUCUGGGAGGGUACCAGAAUGGACCAAAUAAGCUUGACGAUGUGAUUCAGGUUUACCAAAACGAGAAUUCUGUUUACGCGGGAGCUGGUGUGUAUCCAUUGGAGGGUGGAUACAUUUACAUCAAUGUCAUCCAAUAUCCCUCACACGUCUUCAAGUUUUCCUGUAAUGCUGGAGUUCCUUCAUUUACCAAGGUUGCCGACAGCCCGACCAGCAACGCCUACGUUCUCGGAGUGGGCCAUGGAACUGUUACGUCCCUCAAUGGUCAGCCUGGGACUGGUCUUGUUUGGACGAGCGAUGUCAAUGGAUACAACCUCCGAAUUUACAACGCUAUUCCCGAGAAUGGAUUGAUGACUAUGAUCAAAGCGUUCAACGUCCCUGGAACAACUAAAUUCACACGUCCAGUUUUCGGCGAUGGACGCGUGUACAUGGGCACAACUCAAGGAUACAUCUAUGGAUUCGGGUCUCCUGUCAACCUUCCGCUUAAUUGCUCUUCUCCACACGACUUUGGAGUUUCAGACCUCACAGUUGCGACGGAACCAAAGGCAGUUACGUGUGUGGCAAAUGUUGCUGUGAAGAUUUCCAAUAUUACCUUAACCGGAGACAAGAAUUUCCAUAUUACGGAUUUGCCUGCAAUUCCUGUCACUGUACCCGCCGGCCAAGCCCUCAGUUUUGAAGCUGUUUUUGUUCCGAAAGCAGUUGGGCCGUUGUCAUCCGAUAUCGUUGUUACUACUGAGAACUCUGUCGAUGAUUAUAGCACAGUUACCCCUAUUAGCUUGCGUGGCAAUGGUCAGAGUGUUAGUCCUUUGCUUGCGAUAAGUCCUGUUACUUUGGCCUUCCAGGGGGUGAUCACCGGAGCCCAACUCGGUGGUGUCAACCAAUCUGUGAUUUUCAUCAACAAGGGCAACUCCGAUCUGACGAUUUCCGACAUUCAGUACUCCCUUCAAAGCGAGACUGGGCCUUUUGUCCCUGCCAACACCACUGCUUCGGGGCCCAAAGCAGGCGCCUUCACUUUCAUUGGGCUUCCUUCAACCAUACUCGGAAACUCUGAGGCCACCAUCACGGUAAAUUUUGAUACUCCUGUCAGCGGCAACUUCGCAGCCUACCUCAAAGUCACCUCGGAUGGCGGUACUAAGGUCUUCGACGUCGUUGGUACAUCUGGCUCAGCCCCAACCGCUCUUGUCGAAUUCCAAACUCCAGACGGUGCAGACUGGGUCCAAUACAAGGAGGGCAGAAACUUUACAUUUGGCAACGUGACAGAAAACACUACGCGCUCUUUGAAGAUCCGCUUGACCAACAAUGCGACAACUGAUAGCGCUAGGCUUUCCCUUACGGUAUCGAAACCACCAUUUGGCGUCCCUGGUAUUAUUGGGGCCAACAAUCAAGUCGAUCUUGCGGAAGGCACUACUCUCGCACCCGGAGAAAAUGCGACUGCAACUCUCUAUUGCUCAGUACCCAAGCAGCAGUGGAAUAUCGAACCCUACUCAGGAACCGCUCAAUGGACUAUGAACUUGAAUGACCCCAACUUUGGAAAACAAUAUAUCCAAUUCGACUGCACUGGAAUUUCAGAACAAGCCCCGCCUUUGCAACCAAACGGACUGGGUUAUUACCAGUACACUGGCUGUUUCAAGGAGAACAACCCUGGGCGGCAAUUGAAGUCUCAAUUGUACAGCAGCCCCAAUAACACCGGCGCUAUGUGUAUUGCGGCAUGCGCUAAAGCAGGUUAUAUUUUCUGUGGCACCCAGUACAACCGCGAGUGCUGGGGAGGACCAACGAUUCCUGUCCAGAAGGUCGGCGAGGAACAAUGUAGCUACCCUUGUUCUGGCGAUAUCAACCAGAUAUGUGGCGGCAAUGGCGUGGGAGAUGGAGCUGGUGGAAGUUAUAUCUCCUUAUUUUCUGAUGUGAGGGGGUUUGAUGGCAAUUCAAGCACCGGACCUCCAGGCGCCCCCUCUGUUAACCCUGGCGUUGGUGGCUACACAAGUCUGGGCUGCUAUAAGGAGCCUACGACUGGUCGGGCUUUGGCACACCAGUUCACUCCAAGUUCGGCCACAGUCGCAAGCUGUGUUUCUCAGUGUUCUGCUAAAAGCUACAAGUAUGCUGGAUUAGAAUACGGUGGAGAGUGCUGGUGUGGUGAUGCUUUAAAUCCUGCCGCGGCCUCCGCUCCUUCUACCGAUUGUAGCAUGACUUGCAAAGAUAAUGCAACUGAAUACUGCGGUGCCGGGCAAAGACUCAACGUAUACCAGCGUGGCAACGGCACGGUUACCCCACCAGUCACUACAUCGGAUGCUUCUGUUCCAGGUACAACGACAGCUGGUGCUACUGUAACACCCACACCAACUGGUGGGCCACAGAUCAAAGAGGUGAUUGGCAACUGGCAAUUUAAAGGAUGUUGGACUGAAGCUACUACUGGCCGUGCCUUGUCAAGCAAAACUUAUGCGGAUGAUGCCAUGACCUUGGAAUCAUGCGCCGCAUUCUGCAGUGGGUUUACUAUGUUUGGGGUUGAGUAUGGGCGAGAAUGCUAUUGUGGUAAUUCCCUUGGAGCAGGAAGUGCCAAGUCCGCGGACCAAUCCGACUGUAACUUCCUCUGUCCAGGAGACAAGACUGAAUAUUGCGGAGCUGGUAGCCGACUCGAGCUAUACAGCUUAGCUGCAGCCUCUAGCUCAACCACAACCACGCAUACAGGCUCCUCGAGCACUUCUACUUCGCUAUUAUCUAGCACCUCCUCAACAGGGGCAUCUAAUCCCGACGAUAGCAACAACCCUAGUACAUCCGCGCCUCUUAGCUCGACAACAGCACCUUCAAACUCAUCCACCACUUCGACAACUAGUUCUGCAUCUUCUAGCUCUUCAAAACCUACCACAACACCUUCCACUACCUCCACCUCAACCUCUUCCUCGACCAGUUCUGCAACGCCAACUGGCCCCACCAUUGUUCCAUCCGCGGAUUCUUAUAGCUACCUUGGAUGCUAUACAGAAGCGACCAACACCCGCGCGCUUUCAUCUGCCUUCUAUCCUUCUGACAAUAACACCAUCACCAUGUGCGCAAAGUCAUGUUCUGCAUACACCUACUUCGGCACAGAGUAUGGACGUGAGUGCUGGUGUGGAGACAAACUUGGACUUGGGUCUGAAAUUGUGGAGGACAGUGAGUGUAAGAUGCUGUGUGCGGGUGAUAAAAAUGCAUAUUGUGGAGCAGGAAACCGCUUGAGCGUCUACAUCAAAAAGGAGACGGAUGGUUGA